AUGAUCCCUGUCAGAGGUUUAAAUAACUCACAAUCUCAAGACCCCCCUGAUUGUCAAGAAUAAAUCAAAUAAAUGUGGGCUAAUGUGCCAACUUUUUGCAGAAUAUUUACAGGUCCAUUUGUUCAUACAGAUUUGAUCUAACUACUAUUCAGUUUGAUGUCAUAUAUGCCAACUGCAAUGCAAUACGAGAAAAUCGAAGGAACUAUAAAAUAAGCUCAUAGAUUUUUCCUAAAUUCUAUUCUUAUUGAAGUAUUAUUUGUGAUAUCUUGCUUCGCUUUAUCGCAAACUUAUUCAUAAGCAUAUAUCCUAGCUCCUUCUAUUGGGUUAUGGCCUAUUUUAUUCUGUGAUAUCACAAUUGAAUGCAAUAAAAGUCCAGAUCUAGCCAGAGGACUAUGUUGUCUUCCUAUUCAGAUAAAGUCAAAAUACUAUCCCUGGGCUUUACUUGCUAUAUUUUCUUUGUUCUUCGGAUUUAGACUCGAUUUAUUCAUUGGACUAGCAGUUGGAUAUCUGAAUAUCCUAGGCUAUUUGAAAAAAUUAGAUGUUAGCAUUCACAGAGCAAAAAUUUGGGAAGCAAAAUACCCAUUCAAGCUAUAUGCUUAACAACCACAACAGCUCCACCACAAUAAAACAGUGCAGCUAGAUCUCAACCUGCUCAAACAUAACAACCAGUAAAUUAAAAAACAAUAAAAAAUUUAGAAUUAAUUCUCAGCUUUCUAAGGUAGAGGUGUUGCCCUAGGAGGAGCUAGCUCUGGAACAUCUUCUAGUUCAAGUUCAACAUCUUCUAAGACUAAUACAUCUAAAAGCAGUUAUGGCUCUACAAGUACUAACACUUCAACAUCAUCCUCAACACAAUUAACCAAUGAAUAAAGAGCAAGAUCUCUCGUUGGGCAGUCCAAGUUGAUUGACCAAAAGGGAAAUACUUCCAAGGUAAAUGAUUCAGCAAAUACUACUCUAGAUGGCGAGGACAAUGUUGGUCAUCCAACAGGGGGUUCACCAGCUUAACAAUAUCUAAAGGUUAGAAACAACACAAGUGAUGAUGACAUAGAAGUAAAAUAUCACAUUCAUUGCUUACAUUAUAUGAUAGGUGUUGGUAAAAGUUGUCUAUUAGCUAGAAUAAUGGAUAAUGAAUUCAAGAUUGAACAUUAGGUGACAAUAGGCGUAGAGUUUGGAUCAUUUGUUACAAAGAUAGAAGAAAAGAUAGUAAAGCUAUAAAUAUGGGAUACAGCAGGACAGGAAUCAUUUAGAUCUAUUACUCGUAUUUUCUACAGAGGAGCCCAUUGCGUUUUUCUGACAUAUGAUAUAACGAGAGAUGACACAUUUGUGAAUGUAAUAGAUUGGUUGAAGGAGAUUAAAUAGCAUGCCAAUAGUGAUAUAAUCAUCUACCUAAUCGGUAAUAGAUGUGAUCUAGAGGAGGAUAGAGAAGUUACUAGGGAAAGAGCCAUAGAAUUUUGCAAAUAAUAUAAUAUCGAUAGAUUUUUCGAGACUAGUGCUAAAACAGGUGAUAAUGUUGAGGAAGUUUUCUCAAUCGCAUCAAAGGAGUUAUAUCUAUAGUCUAAAGAAGCUCCUCAAGAGGAAGAUGAUACAAUCCCAGAGGACAAGGAUGAUGCUAGCAAGAAGAAGAAUAUCAAAGUAGGCAGUAAGACAAACAACAAAAAGAAGGAGGGAAGCAAAUGCUUUAUUAAAAUCAAAGCUAGAUCCUACACCGUCAAAGAUAUCUUAAAAAAGCAAAGCUCUGUUACCCCUGCUGAAUUGUUUCGACCAUUUGCUGAAGUUGGAAAUCUGAACAAUAUUUCCCUCUAAACUUGUGAAAAAAAUCAACCAUUUAAAUUGAAAAAUUUUAAAGUUGAUUUUCUAGACUCAAAUAAGAUUGAUGGGCAUAAUCAGCAUGACCAAAGCAUGCUGAUAGAUUUCAUUAUUUAAAAUUCCUCUCCAAGUAAAUUCGAUGAUCAAUCUAAAUCUAUCAAGGAAGUAUAAUUUGCUUUAAGCAAUCAAAAGGAUCCAGACACUGCAAGAAGGGCAAUUUAGACAGUAUAAGAUCUUGAUAGAACAGAUAACCUCACACCAUGGUUUUCAAAAUGGAAGAAAUAGUUCCUAUAGACCACUAAAUUUUCUGACCAUGAAUUAUUACAUUAGCCUAUAUCUUUCAUCUAUUUUAUUUCUGCUACUGAGCAUGACCCUCUUGGAACUAUAGACAUAUUGAAAAGAGCUGACAAUUUACCUAGUCUUUACAGAGAGGGAAUCUAUGAUGAUUCUAAUCAAAAUGUGCUGUAGUUUGUAUUUAUUCUUAAUCCUACUGAUAAUCAAAAAGUUUAUUAAGAUACCUAUGAUACUGUUAAACAGAAAUUCCCACCAGCUUUUAUUUAUGAGGUGCCGAUGACAAAAGGAAACGAUGUAUAAGCAGGUGAGGACUUAUGGUCGAAGUUUGUGGAUCUCGAUGAAUAGAUCAUAAUGCAAGAAUUGCACUUAGAAUCAUAAGAGAGAGGUAGAUCAUUUUCUUAAGAAGAUAGGAUGAAGAUAAAAACUACUGUCAGAAGAAUCAUUGAGAAAUAAAUACUUCCAUUUAUAGAAAGGAAAAUAAGAAAUCUUGAAUAAAAUAUUGCAAAUACGAGAAAAGGUAUAAAAAACUCACUUAAAAUGUUAUGGAAAAAGCCAGAGAGAGGGGAAAAUGAUGGACUCAAAGAAUCAUUCAAAAUGAAUAAGGAGGAACUUGAACUUUGCAAUUUAGUAGAUCUUUCUUUUGUAACUCAAGACUACGAGACUGCUUCAAUUAAUUCUAAGAUUCCUUUUAAUGACUUCAAAAAAUGCAAAGCAUUUAGACAUUCUGCUAGCUGUUAGGAGGUGCAAGCAUUUGCCACAAUAGGAUUCGAUCCUAAUUAUACUUAACCUUCAACAUUUAAAGAGGUCGAUGCAAUGAUAGAUAAUGCUUACUAAUUAUAUCACAAGUCAAACAAAUCUCAAUACCUGAUUAGAUUUGCACUGCUUGUUUCAGAGUUAUAUGAUUCACUGGAAAGAUAUCAAGAAUCUGCUAAUUAUCUUCUAAGAAUAGCUAAUGAAAUAAAGGAUCAAUCAGUAAUUGUUCCAUUAUUCCAGGAAUAAGCAGCAUAUAAAUAUCUUUAUCUUAAGUAAUACAGAAAGUUUGCCUUACAUAUGAUAUUAGCUGGAAAGAGUUAUGAGAAAUUGAUGCUUCAAAAUUAUUCAUUUAAUUGCUUCACAAUAGUUCAUCCAUUCUAUCAAAGACAUAAAGGUUGGAAUGGUAUAAGAUUUUAGUUGUAUUCAAGUCUUGGAAGAAAUUCUUAAAAUAUGGGAGAUAUUAACCUUGCUGUUAAGUUCUUUAGAAACUUGCUACAGCUUUGCUGUGAGUUUGAUCACUAACAAGAAUAAAAAAAUUGUCUGAAUGAGUUCUUAAUAGCAGUAUAAAAUUGGUCAAGAUAAAAAUCUAUUAAUUUGAUUGGAGUUGGUGGAGAAUAAUAGCAAGAUUAAAAGGCUCAUAUUGGACAGCUUAAUCUCCCAGUUAUACUUGAAGAGUCGAUUGAAGUUUUCAUCAGUUCUGAGAAACUACAUUCUAAUAAGCAAGAGAAUUUAAUUAACAGAUAUUAUGUUUCAUAUCCGAACAACUCUAGCAAUAUUAUGGAUGACAACUAAGAAUAUGUGAUUUAGUAAAAGGCUGAACUAAAUUCUGCGAAUGUACCAUGGAAAUUCUUAGCAAAGUAAAUAUUUGAAUUUAUGAAUGAGGAAAAGCGCCGUGCACCUGAGUAUGAAAUUAAGAAUGAUUCAUGCUAAUUUAAUGAGGAAGAGAUUAAUGAGUUUGCAAUUUUUGAUUGUAGCUCAAGAGCGAGAAAGAGAGAUCUUACAAUGAAAAAAGUUAGAAAAGCUUACGCUAAUGAAUCAAUUAUUGUCAAGAUUCUCAUCAAGAAUCCUUUGAUGGCUGACAUCUCUAUCAAUAAUCUUAGACUAGUUUGCAGAUAUGAAAAUCAGGAGUCAAAGAGUGAUGACUUUGAACAAUUAGAAAGGAGUGUAGUCCUGAGAUCUUUGGAAACAAAAGAGAUUAUUUUAGAAGUAUUCCCAAAGAAAAGUGGAAAGUUCAUUAUUGAAAGAAUAGAAUGGAUUUUGUUUGAUGUUGUCUCUUGUGCUUACUAAAUGGUUUAACCGAUUGAUAAAGACAAGUCACUACUGACAUAAGAGGAAUUAGUUGUUCCAAAGAAAUUAGUGGAAAGAGAACACAAUUUCAUUUACGAUAUUCUCCCAUAAUCUGGGGAAGUUAUAGCUCAAAUAUAGAUAGGAGAAUCUCAAGAUUAAACAAACUUUAUUUUCACUGAAUUCUAGAAAGGUACAUUAAUUCUUAAGAAUAUGUCUCCACUUGCAUUAAAGAAUGGAUAUAUUGUUUGCUCUCAUCCAAUGAUAUUUGGUUUCUCUAGAAUGAGAAUUUUCGACUAGAUUUAGCCGAAUGGAUAAUUUACAUUACCAUUAUUCAUUAGAGCUAGUCUUAUGCAAUAAAAUGAAAUAAAAUUCUUGGUAAGAUAUGAAACUAUUCUCAAAUCAGAAUUAGAACAGCAAGAAAGUGCUUCAAAGAUGACAAAAUAUAGAUUUGUGAGAUUGAUGUUUAACAUUGACUCUUAAUACGCUUUUUAACCUAAGAGACAUGUACAUUUAAGUACCAAAAAGGCUAAUGAGCAUAUAUUCAACAUAUAAAUAGUAGACAACAUAGUUCCAGGCUCUUUCUAUCAAACCCCAAAGAUACAAGCUAUUGAAAUUAUCAAUAGAUAGAAGCUUUGGACACUAAAAAAGAAAGAUAAUAAAGGCUAAUUCUUUAUAAUAAUUCCAAAUAGAGAUAAUGAUAGUCCUCAAUCCCUACUUUCAUAUGAAUAGAAUGAAACUUAAAGCAUACUAGAAAACGAGAAAAUGAAAAAUUUCUAUGAUUAAGAAGUAGCUUUUGUAAUGAACAAAUUUAAAAUAUAACCAACCUAAGAGGAGGAGGAAGUUGAUAUAGUAAUAUAAUGGACUAUGCCUUAGUUAAAUAAGAAUGGGUUCUAUUGCUUAUUUAAGAUUCCUCUUUUAAAGGUUUAAAAGCAGUUGACUGAUCAACAAAAUAAGCUAUUAAGACAAAGAAGUAUGAAAACAAAAGAGGACUAGGCGUUGCAAUCAGCUAGAGAAUUACCAAAACUUAAUCCCCUACAUAUUGCCUACUCUUAUGAGAAAACAGUUAGUCACAAUUUCAACUCAGACCAAAGUGGAUCAAUUAUUCCAGCUAUUGUUAGCUUCUCACUUAGCAUUUCAAAUAUGAUUCAAACUAAAGAUUUUUCAAUAAACUGUAGAAUUGAGGCAAUAAAUGAAUGGACAUAACUUUCAAAUCCAUCAGAUGUUAGUGAGGCUGAUACAUUCCUUUGGGUGGGUAAGACUUAACACAUCAUCAAAAGUCUUAAGACAAAUGUAAGUUAAUCUUAUUCUAAACAAAAUUAUAGGAAAUCAAGAGAGUUUAAUUAAAGUGUGCUAUCCUUAAGCCAGGUGUUUAUAACCUUAAUAGAUUUAGGAUCGUUAUCAAUGAUGAUGAAAGCUAAGUAAAGCAUCACUUUGUGA